AUGACUGGUCUUGACAAUGUCAUCUUCUACGCCGGGGAAAAGUCCCCGAGUCCUGCCGGCGUGACCUGUACACCAAGUACUCCUGCUCCCGCUCGGAAGAGGCGGCGGCCAAAUCAGGACUUGCAGCAGCGCUUAGCAAAGUGUGAGGAGCUGUUGCAAGAAUAUGCUACAGCCAAACCGCCAAGUACCAAUGGCGAACCGGCGAAUCCUGAAGAAACCUGGAGGUCACUCGGCAAGCUGAUCAUUGAUGACGGGAGUGUACGCUUUAUGGACAGCUUUCUGUGGGCGACUGUACAUGAUGAAGUACGAGCUAUGCGUGAGAUUGUCGACGAGGACGACAAAGAUGAUGAAAGCUCGGGCGUAACGCCCGCGGAUGGCCAGACGCCUGAUCAUCACACCGGGUUACUGCUUUCGGAUGGUUCGGACUCGAAUCUGGCUGACUUGCACCCUGAGCCGGCCCAUGUGUUUCGCCUAUGGCAAACCUUCCUAGAGCGAGUGAAUCCUUUGACCAAAGUGAUACACGUGCCCUCGGUUCAACCAUUAGUCGUUGAGGCAGCGACUAACAAAGACAACUUACCAAAGAAUGUGGAGGCUCUGCUAUUUUCGAUAUACACUCUAGGUGUAGUUGCAAUGUCCGAGUCUGAAUGUAUCGCAGUACUCGGCAUACCCAAAGACGACGCUUUUGCACGAUUUUCAAAAGGUGCACGCGUUGCUCUGAUGCGCAUUGGCAUCCUCCAUAAAUACGAUCUCGUCGUUCUGCAGGCAAUGGUCUUAUAUCUGACCUCCAUAAGCGGUCGCUAUGAUCGUCAUGCAGCUUGGAUCCUCAAUGGAGUUAUUAUUCGCAUUGCUCAGAAAAUGGGCCUACACAGGGAUGGUGAAUUAUUAGGUCUUUCUCCUUUUGACACGGAGAUGCGGCGUCGCGUCUGGUGGCAGAUUAUUCUACUAGAUGCCGUAUACGCAAUGAUGUCUGGGCUUGGGCCAUCUAUGCUGCCACGACAUUGGGAUACGAAGGAGCCCAGGAACGUUAACGAUGCAGACCUUUUCCCAACCAUGACGAAGGUUGAAGCAAAAGACGGCCCGACUGACAUGGUUUUCUGUUUGAUCAGUUACGAGAUUGCCAGGCUGUUGAUGGAAUACCCUGGCCUCGAAUCUGUGAUCCUGCAGAACGAACUGGGAACUGCUGAUAGCCCUGGCACAUCCGAGGUAGAAGCUGCGCGGCGACGUAUAAACGACCUUGAUUUUGCUAUAGGAGAGAUUCUGAGGAAGUACGGCGACCCAUCCAUGGGCCCGAUCCACGAACUUGCCGCUGAACAGAGGCCAAUGAUGGUCAACAAACUCCGAGAACUCAUUUGUCCUCCUCGAGAACAACCUGAAUGGGGCAACGAGAUCUUAACCCCGAAGGACAAUUUAUUCAAGAUCGCCAUUACGACUGGCGAGCACUCCCUAAGGAUGUAUUUGCACACGCAAAAGAGAGGCCAUUUCCUGUGGUUCGUUAUGACCCACUUCCAAGUCGAAGUCUUCCUAUUCAUGGUUGGACAACUGUGCUCACGUACGAGCGGGCAGCUGGUCGAUAGAGCAUGGCACGUUGUUGAUCAGUUCUACCACUAUCACACCGAGAUGUUUAAGCUGUCUAUCAAGCCGCACGGGUCCCUGGCCGUCUUUCUACUUCGAGCAUGGAGGAAGCGGGAGGGGGUUCUGCGAGCAUCUACUGGCAACACCCCGACGACGCCGUGGUAUAUUGUGAGACUGCAGGAACUCCUCGGCGCCGAUGCCGAGGCCCAGGAGGCCGUGGAUGACGAGACAAAGGUGCCAUUGCCGUCCGUCAAUGUGGACGGCAUGGCCAACAGCGUCGACAUGCCGUGGGAUCAGAUGCUUGGUUUCAUUGAUACGUCUAGUGUACACUGGGAUAUGUUUGGCCAGGGUGGUCAAACCAUGGGUACGGACUACGCAAACUAUGGGUCGUCACAUCUGGGACAAUUUCACCAUGUCAACCAGUGGUUGUAG